AUGGAGAUUACCUCCACCUUCAUCUCCACCACUAGGUCGUCGAAAUAUCUUACUUUAACUUCAUACUCUCCGGUGAUUCUUCCGGCUUCUACUCUCCGGUCAAUUCGUUAUGAUUUUCUCGGCUGUUGUCACAGUCUCCGUCCUCCUCCUCAUCUUCGAACGCGCGCCGGAAAACGGAAUUCUCGCCGUUCUUCGAUUCGAUCGCCUCGUUUAGUCGUUAAAGCUUCUAUCGAUUCUGGUUUGAUCCUUGUUGUUGUCGCUGUUACUGCUUUUUCCGCUAUUGCUUUCGCUUACUAUCAACAAACUUUCAGGAAAAGGAAAAUUUCCGAUGAGGUUGCAGCAUCUCCUGCAACGCUUCAUGGUGGAAAAGUCAGUGUUGAGAAUCGGCGGGAAAGUCAACAUUUAGAAGCUGAAGAUAUUCAUGUGGGGAUUAAUGGAGGUUUCAAAAAGGAGGAAGAAACUGCGAACAAGUCGGAGUCUCAUCAAAUCCAGGAAACUGUUGUGAUGGAGUAUGAAGCUGAGGAAUCUCAGUUUGCUGUUGCUAGUGUCAGCACAAUUGCCAAUGAACAUAGUUUUGUAGAUGAAUCCUUUUCAUCUUCUAUGAGUAAUGGGUCUGUUGCUUUGGAAUCAGCUACGUUGGUAGCAAAAACACCUGAAAAAGAAGUUGAAAAUAGCGAAGAGCAAAAGGGUAUGGAGUAUGAUUUUUCGCAGGCAGUGGUGGGGAUUCAUUCGAUUGCUUCUCCACAUGUGGUAGAUGAUACACGUGCUCUAGAGUAUGAGUAUAAUGGUUUGCUCCAGAAGCCUAUUGAAUACAGCAUCUUUACGGAGACUAAGAGAGAAGAGAUUCACACAUUUUAUGGGUCUAAUCAUUCAUCAGCCAAGUCUUCAAGGCUGACCAGUAUUAAAGCAGUCUCUUCUACUGUUACUUCUUCUGCAACUGAAACUUUAUUGUUGGACCUCAAGAACAAUGGAAUAGUUGAUACUCGGUUCUCAGGACAUACUUCUGGUCAGGCUACUGGUGUUGAAGAAGAAAAACUUGUGACACACGGUAAUGGCAACGGUGGUUUAACCCACACAAAGAAAGAUGUGAUAAGAGACUGGAAAUUUGCAGAUGAUGGCAAGCAUGUGGUUCACCAAACUGAUGAAAGCAUGCCUCAGUUCCCAGCUCAGCUACUUAAUAGUAAUGGACGCUCUCCAGAAACUAGUGAUGCUUAUUACCGUUUACUUAGAGAUGGGAGGCUAAAGGAUUGCAUAAGCUUACUUGAAGAUUGGGAGAAAAAGGAUCUAUUGGACAUGGACAAGAUUUAUCAUGCAAGCUUCUUUAAAAUCUGUAAGAAGCAAAGGGCUGUCAAGGAAGCAUUUCGAUUUACCAAGUUGAUUCCAAACCCAACCUUGAGCACAUUCAAUAUGUUAAUGUCUGUCUGUGCAAGCUCCCAGGACAUAGAAGGAGCUCGGGGAGUUUUGCAUCUGGUGCAAGAGAACGGUAUGAUGGCUGAUUGCAAACUUUACACAACUUUAAUAUCAAGUUGUGCUAAAAGUGGGAAAGUUGAUGCAAUGUUCGAGGUGUUCCACCAGAUGACGAAUUCUGGAGUGGAACCCAAUCUUCACACAUUCGGUGCACUUAUUGAUGGCUGUGCUAGAGCUGGACAAGUAGCCAAGGCAUUUGGUGCUUAUGGAAUUUUAAGGUCUAAGAAUGUUAAGCCAGACCGGGUUGUAUUCAAUGCCCUCAUCUCUGCAUGUGGUCAAUCAGGAGCUGUUGACCGUGCUUUUGAUGUGUUAGCUGAAAUGAAGGCUGAGACGCACCCUAUAGACCCUGAUCAUAUCACGAUCGGUGCAUUAAUGAAGGCAUGUUUCAAUGCUGGUCAGGUCGAACGAGCUAAAGAAGUUUACAAGAUGAUCCAUAAAUAUGGAAUAAAGGGUACUCCAGAAGUCUAUACCAUUGCUGUGAAUAGUUGCAGCAAGUCUGGGGACUGGGAUUUUGCAUGUAGCAUAUACAAUGACAUGAAAGAAAAAGGUGUGACCCCUGAUGAGGUGUUUUUCAGUGCAUUGAUCGAUGUUGCAGGACAUGCAAAAAUGUUAGACGAAGCUUUUGGCAUUCUUCAGGAUGCGAAAUCGCAAGGAAUACGUCUGGGAACUAUAUCAUAUAGCUCACUGAUGGGAGCUUGUUGUAAUGCGAAGAAUUGGAAGAAAGCACUGGAGCUCUAUGAAAAGAUCAGGUCAAUCAGACUUAGACCAACAGUUUCAACAAUGAAUGCCCUUAUAACUGCCUUGUGUGAAGGUGGUCAACUGCCCAUGGCUAUGGAAUUUCUCAAUGAGAUAAAGACUUUGGGAUUAACACCAAACACUAUCACAUACUCUAUGCUCAUGCUGGCAAGUGAAAGAAAGGAUGACUUUGAGGUAAGUUUCAAGCUCCUUUCUCGAGCAAAAGAGGAUGGAAUAUCACCAAACUUCAUCAUGUGCAGAUGCUUAACCAGCCUGUGCAAGCGAAGGUUCGAGAAGGCUUGCGCUGCUGGUGAACCUGUUGUGUCUUUCAAAUCAGGGCGACCUCAGAUUGAAAAUAAAUGGACAUCAAUGGCCUUAAUGGUUUACCGUGAGACAAUUUUAGGUGGGACCGUUCCUACUACAGAAGUAGUUUCACAAGUUUUGGGAUGCUUGCAACUUCCAAAUGAUGCUGCUUUGCGGGAUAGGCUGGUUUCAAAUUUAGGCAUAAACAUCUCUUCACAAAAACAACAUAACAUAAUCCCCCUAGUUGAUGGAUUUGGAGAGUAUGAUCCUCGUGCAUUUUCACUGCUUGAGGAGGCUACUUCUCUUGGAGUUCUUCCUUCUGUGUCUUUCAAUAAAAUUCCAAUAUCUUUUGACACGACAGAACUGCCGAAAAACGUAGCUGAGGUUUACCUCUUAACCAUCUUUAAAGGUCUUAAGCAUCGCAUUGCAGCUGGCGCGAAGAUACCUCAUGUUAAUUUGAACAUUACCAUGGAAGAGAAGGAAAUUACAACUCCUGGAGGAGAGAAGACAAUUGACCUUGCUGGAAGGGUCGGGCUGGACAUUGCUGCGUUGUUGAGAAGAUUGGGAAUACCUUAUCAUAGAAAAGAUUCAAAACUAAGAAUCAAUGGUGUUUCUUUGAAGAACUGGUUUCAACCAAAGCUCGAUUCGCCUUUCUCUAGAAAACCAGGGGAUAUAAGAUCAUCACAAGUACCGUUAGGAAACCAGAUUACUCGUCAGCAACGCAGUAUUCGACUAGGGAACCUAUCACUUGAUUGA